UUGGGGGCACAGAUCUUCCCUGCUAAAGGGCUGUGGUUGCCUUGGGCUGGUACAGACGCCCAAACAAAAUGUAUAGCAUUUCUGCCCUAAUUAGUUCUCCAAAGCUCUCCAAAGCCAAUGGCAAUUUUAAUUCCUGGAACACAAACAAAUAUGGCUGAGGCUGUUUACUGUACAAGUUUACUUCUCAUUUUGUUUGGAUGGCAGUUAGUUUUAAAAUGGUAAUUGUGGGCUCAUGUGCCAAUAAGCGCACAUACAAAAUGCCUCAGGCAGCCGUGCAGUAUGUUUCUUUUUCCCACAUUCCCAACCAUAAUCUCUGGGCUGUUCUUGCUUACUUGCACCAGCAUUGAUUUACACACAGCAGCACCCACACCUCAACAAACACUGUAGGAACUGGAUUUAGCUGCACUGCCCUUUUAAUAUAAACAGUAAGAUCUAUGGCCUAGACCUGGCAAGGAGGGCUUUCAGAGAUUCAGGGUGAGUGAAAGGCUGUAAAUUGCUUUCCAUCAGUCUCUGUAAAAGAGCACCAGUUCUCUGUUAUAUCAAACCAAUUUUGAGCAUUGUGAGCUACAAUAUCCAAUGAGGAUACAGUAGCAAAAGGGGGCAAGGGACAAAAACUGAGUUUUAUAUAUAAGGAGUAAUUUAUAAUGAAUCAUGCAUUGUGCAAAGUGCAAAAAAAUGCCACAAAUUCUCAUGUGGGCUGUACCUCCUGCUGCUCUCUAAUUUGCGCAUUUUGAAUGAGAGGGCCAAUACAAGACAGAACCUAUAGAGCCCUGACUAACACAGUCAGCACUUAGGGUUGCCACCGGCCAGUAAAUAUGAUGUUUGAUUUUAAUGUUAUUAAUAGAAUAUAAACAUAAAAAUAUUUGAAGGUCUGUAUUUUUUCCCAAGAAAGGUGGCAACCCUAUCAGUGCUGUAUUUUGAGGGGGGAGUCACAGGUCUUUGCACUACGAAAGGGCUGCGGCCAUUGUUCAAGAACACUACACAGUGUGCAAAGUAAAAAAAAAUUGCAGCUUUCCAAUCCAAUUCAGAAACCAUCCAGUUUCCAGUAUUUAAGUUCAAGCCCUUAGCUUUUGAAUUUGUUUUCGGUAAAAAUGCAUUUUACACGGAUAAAAAGAAACCCUCAAAAUAAAUUAAUGAGUCAUUCCAAACUCGUUUGCAAUUAAAGUUGUUUUUCUAAUUUUCAAGCUACUAGUAAUGAUGUGUGAAUCUGUCCUAUUUUGCUUUGCGGACAAUUUGCAAAAUGGACGUUGUGCUCAUUGGGGUUUAUGGGCAUUUUUUUGCUGCAAAACCUGGUGAAAAAUUUCAGUCAUCAAUAACUACUAGCAGUAUUUACACUGCUAAUAAAAUUAAAUUGAGACAACAGCACCAUCUGGAGUGGUAUCUGCUGUGCUAAAUUUUAAAACCCUAGAAAAAAAUGCACUACAGUAGAUUGAUUUUUCUCCUUUAAUCUGCAUGCGGCCUCUAACCUCUGAAUAAUGCACAAAAGGCCCUAUGUAAGGUGCCCACAUUUAUCACAGACCAUGUUUAUUUGUGUUUUGUUUUCCUUUGCAGCCAUCAUUAUGAAAGUUGCAGUGAUCGGAGCAGGGGCAAGUGGACUGACUGCAAUUAAGUGCUGCUUAGAUGAAGGUUUGGAACCCACCUGCUUUGAAAGGAGUGAUGAUAUUGGUGGGGUCUGGAGAUUUACAGAACAUGUGGAGAAUGGCAGAGCCAGCAUCUAUGAAUCUCUUGUUAGCAACACCAGCAAAGAAAUGAUGUGCUACAGUGACUUCCCUAUGCCAGACACCUUCCCUAACUUUCUUAACCACACAAAAAUGAUGGACUAUUACAGGAUGUAUGCUGAGACGUUCAAUCUAUUGAAAUAUAUACAAUUCAAGACAUUAGUAUGUAACAUAAGAAAACACCCCAGUUUUCAGAGUACGGGUCAAUGGGAAGUCACUAUAGACAAAGAUGGAAAACAACAAACGUCCACCUUCAAUUUUGUCAUGAUCUGUACUGGUCAUUACUCGGAUCCAUAUUAUCCAUUGGACUCUUUUCCCAGCAUACAACAAUUUCAAGGUCAAUAUUUUCACAGUCGAGACUUCAAGAGGUCUGAUGGAUAUAAAGGGAAAAAAGUCCUAAUUAUCGGAACAGGCAGUUCAGCAUGUGAUAUUGCUGUAGAACUAAGUCGAACAGCUGCACAGGUUUUUCUUAGCACAAGGAAAGGAACCUGGGUAACAAGUCGUACCAGCGAUAAAGGAUAUCCAUGGGAUGCCUGUUUGUUCACUAGGUUUCAGGAGUGGUUCAAGAACAAACUGCCAUCAUCCAUUGUUUUGUGGUGGACUGAGAAAAAAAUUAAUAUGUGGUUUCAACAUGCAAACUAUGGUCUUCAGCCUACUAAGAGUUCUCAGUUUAGGGAGCUUGUGUAUAAUGAUGAACUACUAAGCCGUAUAACAUGUGGAUCCGUAUUGGUGAAGUCAGCCGUAACAGAGAUCACUGCUACUUCAGUUGAAUUCGAUGAUGAAACAACAGAAAAGGAUAUUGAUGUUGUCAUCUUUGCUACAGGAUAUAUUUAUAACUUCCCUUACUUUGAUGAGCCCAUUAUUAAAGCUGACAACAGUAUAAAUUUAUAUAGAAAUAUUUUUCCUGCAAGCUUGAAAAAGCCAACAUUAGGAUUCAUUGGUCUUAUCCGCCCACUGGGUCCCUUUAUGUCUGUUGCAGAGGUCCAAGCUCGCUGGGUCACAAGGGUGUUUAAGGGUUUGUGCAAUUUUCCGCCACAAGAAGCCAUAAUGAAGGAUAUUGCUAAGAAAAAAGAGAACUUCAUUAAAAGGUUUGGAAAGCCACAACAGAGCAACAGUUUGACAAUGGAAUAUAUAGAAUACCUGGAUGAGCUGACAUCUGAUAUCGGUGCUAAGCCCAACAUUUUAAGCUUCCUUCUAUCAGAUCCAGCUCUUGGUUGGAUGCUCUACUUUGGACCAUGUACACCAGCUCAAUACCGUUUGACAGGGCCUGGGAAAUGGCGACAUGCCAGGAAUCAUAUUAUGACCACUUGGGAUCGAAUUGUAAAGCCAACAAGAACAAGAGUUGUAAAGAAAGUUGAAAAAUCCAUUGCAAUUACAUUUUUAUUAUCUGCUGUGUGUGCUCUGACUUUGCUAUUAGCUGCACUUAUGUACCAAUGUUAGCAAAAUGUGCAGAAAAUAAGUGUAUUCCUUAUACAGAGAAAUAGCAAUUUAGAUUCACAUGCAUAACAAUGAGAAACUGCAGAAAUGACAAAGAGUUUAAAUCAAUUUACGCCUUUUGAACAAUAAUAUUGCCAGGUCCAAUUGAGUUAUUUUACAUUACAUAAAAAUAAAAUAUACCACUAUCACUUUGUCACUAAACAA